AUGGAGCAGACGAAGGCUCUAAACGCACUGGAGGAAUCUGCCGAUCUCGUCACCAGAGCUACAUCAGCACCAAACACAUUUCUCUUCAGUGAUCUCCUACAAACACCCGCCAUCCAAAAUCUCGCCGGCUCAGAGUUCUCUUCGCAUCUGAAAGUUCUCCAGAUCUUUUCCCAUGGAACAUACUCUUCAUACAAAACGACAGAAGGUCUACCAGCGCUCGAAGAAGUACAGGCAACCAAGCUACGGCAGCUAUCACUUCUCUCACUGGUCCGAGACCGACAGAACCUCUCCUAUUCUGCACUACAGGAAGCACUUGAUCUACCCGGAGCACGUGAGGUGGAGGCAUUGGUGAUCUCGGCGGUUUACGCUGGUCUACUUCACGCCACGCUUGACCCAGCCCGUGCAGUCGUGCAGGUCACCAGUGUUGCGCCUCUACGUGACCUUGCCCCUGGAGCAAUACCUGACUUGGCCGAUGCACUGAAGAAAUGGUCUGACCGCUGUAAAACCACUCUCGAUGACCUAGAUCUCCAGAUCAAGGAGAUUCGAACAACAGCCGCAGCUCGACAGCGUGAGCAGCGCUUGGCCGAUGAGAAGUUGCAGCAGUUGAUCAACGAACAACAAGAGGGAAUGGGACGCAAGUACGAUCUGCCAAACAUGACACGGGACCUGGGUAGACGGGGGUUUAACAAGCGAUCAGUCAUGGAUACAGGUAACUUGGUGGACAACGACAGUAUGGAUGUCGAUGAGGCCGAAGAGGAGAAGAAACGAGCAAAUAAGCGCAAGCUGUGA